CAUUUGCAUGUUAGGACCGAUUCUCUUCCAGUCGAGGGCAACAGUGACCGUCCAGUUGCGAUCAUCGAAAAGAAGCAUGGAAUGCAAUUCGUGUGCAGCCGCGGUUGCGGCGAAGUGAAACGGGAAGGCAGCAGCAACCACUCUUACGCCAUGGACUUUGUUCGUUUAAGUGUCUUCAACAGGAAUUCGAUCGACGUUCACUUACUUGAAUGUGCCCUCGCAUUCCAAAUCCAAGGAUUUACGAUAACAUUUUAUCCGGAGAAAUUGGUCGCGCCAGGACUCUACGUCAUGUGUAAUUUCCUCGGUGCUUUGGAGGAUGUGCCGGCAUUCGCAAAUAUGCGGAAUAUUCGACUGCUCCUUGCCGUCAGUGACGCAUUCUGGACUAAUUGCGCGGUUUCAAAGAACGCGAAAGUAUAG